GUGUGCGUUCAUGUUGCCUCAUUUCCUGAGUCUGCCCAAAGACAGGGAGAUACGGGGGGACAGUGCGAGGGAGAGAGCGCCCUGGAGAAAGAGAGCGAAAGAGAGAGGGGGAGAGAGAGACAGACAGACACAGAGGGGGAGGCUGGUUCCUGAUACCAAAACACGGAAAAGCAGGGGAGUGAAAGAGAGAGAAAAAAGGCUGGCUGAGACAGGGAGAGAGGGGGAGAAAACAGGGGAAUAACACUUAAAGAGACACAAAAAGCGUAGGUGAUGAAAGAAGAUAAUACUAUGUUCUUCUGAACAUUCCCCUUUCUUUAUCUCUCACGCUGUCACAUCGGAUUGGACUCCAAAGAAUCGACACCACGUCUAUCCCAGACCCCAUGGGUUAACAGACUGUCCAGGAGAGGCUAACAGGUCAGCUAACCCAAUGAACAGCAACAGGAAAGAGGACAUGGAGAUUUCGUCCCACUACCGGCAGCUCCUGCGUGAGCUCAACGAGCAGCGGCAGCAUGGCAUCCUGUGUGACGCCUGUGUCAUUGUGGAGGGGAAGAUCUUCAAGGCCCACAAGAACGUCCUCCUGGGCUCCUCGCGUUACUUCAAGACCCUCUACUGCCAGGUGAAGAAAGGGGCGGAGCCACAUCACCAAACAACCGUCACUCACCUGGACAUCGUCACAGCGACAGGCUUCAAAGCCAUCCUGGACUUCAUGUACUCUGCCCACCUGGCGCUGACCAGUAAAAACGUCAUUGAGGUGAUGUCAGCUGCCAGUUACCUACAGAUGACCGACAUCGUCCAGGCCUGCCACGGCUUCAUCAAGGCCGCGUUGGACAUCAGUAUCCGCUCCGAGCUGGCCGACGAACUGGCCGACUUCGAGAUGGGGGCUGUCGCGGCCGCUGGGAUAUGUGGGGGAGGUAUAGGAGGAGGUGGGGGAGGUAUAGGGGGAGAAAGAGGAGGAGGAGGGUUAGGAGGGGCGGCAUCAGAAGCCCUGGCGUCCAUCAUAUCAGGAGGAAGCUCCUCGCCAUGGCUGGAGAGGCGUACGAGUCCGGCCAACUCUUCUGGUGACUCAGCCAUCGCCAGCUGCCAUGAGGGUAGUGGCAGUACGUACGGUAAAGAGGACCAGGAGACACCCAAGAGCCAUGAGAGCCAGGAAGACGGUGGCCACGACUCCCAGCACGCCUGGCCACAAGACUACCGCCCCGUCACUGUCAAAGAAGAACAAGCCUCACCCUCCUCCACUUCUCACCCCCGGGAGAGGCUCAGAGUGGGUGCAGGGGCGCAGGGGGUGCAGGGGGGAGGAGGUGACGGGGCAUGGCAGCCCUCUGGGUCGGGGAGGAGGAAGAACAGGAAGAACAAGGACACAGUCAGACAUAUUACCCAGCAGACCGAGCUGGACAGAGACAGCAGGCCGGGCUCUCCGCUGCCCCCCGUGAUGGGCGUGACUCGUUGGAGCUACAAUGGACAGGACAUCCCAGGUGCAGAUGUGACAGAGCCCAACAGCUCAGACAGUCGCGGAGAACGUCUCGACUUCUUCCUCAAACAGGAAGAAGCUCUGACAAUGGGCGAGGCCAACUUCCUGGGUGCCAGCGAAUCAGAUGGCGCAGGAGGCGGGACCGGGGGUGGGACUACACCAUCGGUAGCCAAUCUGAGGGCAGCAUUGAUGAGUAAAAACAGCCUGCUUUCAUUACGGGCUGAGAUGCUGGGGGACGAUAACCCUGUACUGUUUGAAUUCAUGCCCAAAGGAGGACACUCCCUUUCACUGAAUGACUUCACAGUGAUCCGUAAGAAGUUUAAGUGUCCCUACUGUAGUUUCUCUGCCAUGCACCAGUGUAUCCUGAAGAGGCACAUGCGUUCCCACACGGGCGAGAGGCCCUACCCCUGUGAGAUCUGUGGCAAGAAGUUCACCAGGAGAGAGCACAUGAAGAGACACACACUGGUCCACAGUAAAGAUAAGAAGUAUGUGUGUAAGGUCUGCAGCCGGGUCUUCAUGUCGGCAGCCAGCGUUGGAAUCAAACAUGGCUCCCGUCGCCAUGGUGUCUGUGUUGACUGUUCUGGACGGGGCAUGGACCACAACCGGGAAGCAGGCGGAGGCAUGUCGCCCGAAGAUGAGCUGUAUCCCAGCGACCACCGUUUCCACAACGAUCAGGUGGAGUGCGAAGGCGACGGAGAGGGGGAGGAAGAGAUGAUGACGGAAGGGGAUGGAGAGAUGAUGGGAGAGGGGGAUGAGGAGGGAGGAAAGUGGAAGGAUGACUCAGGGAUGAUGACGGAGGGAGACGGAGCCAUGGAUAAUGACAAGGAGGAGAGCAACUCCUCUGCACCAGAGGGGGAGCAGCACAAUGGGAGCGAGAAGGAUUUCAGCUGGAUCUCUUAGGAUCAUUUAGGAUCUAUCGUGGAUCUUAGGCAGACACAGCUCUCUUUACCCAUGUGUACAUGGGCCUUCCUCUGAGUUGGAUAUGUGGGUGUUACGCGACAAUGAUCUAAACCCUUGACAGAUGCCAUACACACACGCACCACACAUACACACACAAGCUGAGCCCUGUGCUGAUGAUAGGACUGCCAUGGCGGAAAGAGAACGAUUGAGAGAAAAAAAUAAUGUUUUGUUCGUUUGUUUGUUUCUGAUGAGGACCAUAUCAGAGUCUGUCCAUUGGUUUAGAUGUUCACCUCCAUCACACUGGGACCAAUGAGGACUCAUUCAACAUCUUAGCUGAUUUUGAACCAUGACUGUUUAUGGUCACAGUUGCCAUGGAUACGAUGGAUCGUUAACAGUUUGGGAAAACACCAAGGUGGUGUCUUGUUGCCAUGCAGUCCUAUUUGGGGACAGUCUCUACUUCUUUGGGGACAGUCACUACACCUGGGGACAGUCUCUAUACCUGGGGACAGUCUCUACAUCUGGGGACAGUCUCUACUCAUUAUGGGGACAGUGUCUACACCUGGGGACAGUCUCUACUCAUUAUGGGGACAGUCUAUUCAUUUUGGGCACAGUCUGUAUUUAUUUGGGGGACAGACUCUAGACAUUUUGCGGACAGUCUAUUUAGUCGGGGGGCAGUCUUUAUUUAUUUGGGGGACAUUCUCUAAUCAUUUUUGGGACAGUCUCUAUUCAUUAGGGAACAGUCUCUAAUCAUUUUUGGGACAGUCUCUAUUAAUUUGGGGACAGUCUUUAUUCAUUUUGGGGACAGUAUUCAUUCAUUUGGGGGACAGUCUCAAUUAAUUUGGGGGAUAGUCUUUAUUCAUUUGGGGGACAGUCUCUAUUCAUUUAGGGGACCGGCUCUAUUCAUUUGGGAACAGUCUCUAUUCAUUUGAGGACAGUUUCUAUUCAUUUGGGGACAGUCUUUAUUAAUUUGGGGGACAGUAUUCAUUCUUUUGGGGGACAGUAUUCAUUUGAGGACAGUCUAUUAAUUUGUGGGAAAGUCUCUAUUUAUUUGGUGGACAGUCUCUAUUCAUUUGGGGACAGUCUCUAUUCAUUUGGGGACAGUUUCUAUUAAUUUGAGGACGGUCUCGAUUCAUGCUGGAGACAGUCUUUUAUCUAUUGUAAAGUUGCACCUGUCAGGCAGCGGUUGGCCCAUUGUCUCCUGCAGAGUGAAACUGCCACAGACUUGCACUUUAACGUCGACUAGACUCCUGUAAAUGCUCUCAACCCGUGGUUUACAUUUUCAAUCUGAUUUUACCUACACAACUCGGUGACCGCACCUACCUUUAAGGAUAUAUACUGUAUGUCCUCAUGACUGUUAUGAUAUAUAAAUAUAUGGAUAUUAUAAUACUUGUGCAAAGUUUGCUGAUUAUAAUAGCCUAUGCCCAGUGGAGGCUGGUGGGAGGAGCUAUAGGAGGACGGGCUCAUUGUAGUGGCUGGAAUUAAAUAACUGGAAGGAGUCCAACGUGGUUUCAAUAUGUUUGAUAUUGUUCUAUUGAUUCCAUUCCAGCCAUUACAAUGAGCCCGUCCUCCUAUAGCUCCUCCCACCAGCCUUCACUGCCUUUCAAUUGGUUCUUUCGCCACUUAAGUUUACCAUGUGUUUCUGUUGAGCUGUGAUGAGAAUUACGAAAGGUUGAGCAUAUCUACAUACAAACAAGCCACAACAAUUAGUGUAUUCAGCAAGAGAGGGAGUUGGAGAGAGAAGGAGAGAGAGACGUAUGAGAGAGACAGAGAAGAAGAGCGUGAGAGUGAACACUAUGCAGGGACAUGUAAGAUGUAAGUGUUCUUAAUUCUCUACUUUCAGAGAGAGGACACAGAUCGACAGGUAACCUAAGAGGUUUGGGCACGUAACCUAAGAGCAUUGGGCACGUAACCGAAAGGUUGCUGGUUUGAAUCCCUCCUGAGCCGACUAGGUGAAAAAUCUGUUGAUGUGCCCUUGAGCAAGGCACUUAACCAUAAUUGCUCCUAUAAGUCGCUCUGGAUAAGAGUGUCUGCAUAAUGACAUAAAUGUAAAUCUUUACUUCAGAUAUUUCCUCUCAGAAUGAGCGAGAGAGAUAUAUUACAUACACAAUGAUGAUGGGUGAAAACUCAUGCCAACACAAGCACACUAUGGACCUAUUCUACAUGGUCAUUCCAUCUCUUUUUUCUUACCUUGAAUCUCAAGUUGUAUCUAUGGACAGCGGUUGUGUUUAGAAGCAGACUUUCUUCAAAACCUUUGUUGUUUUAUUAUAAGUUUUAUAUUUCACUAUAAAUACAGAAUAUGCACACUUUUACAUCUUAGUGAACCUUAAUGAAUGGUUCAUCUUUCUUUUUGGUGAUAAUGUUCAUUUCAGUUUGUAAAAUAAGUCAGGCUUCGGCUUAAGAUUCCACCCAGAGAGUGGCCUGUUCUGGUGAGUGCUUUUAUGACGCUUUGUUUCGUUUCAAAAAGUUAUUUAUUAACAGACAUUUGUGGGAUUAUUGUACUACUGUAUAAAGACAUUCUCUCAGCUCCGUCUAACGCCUUCUGUAGUCACAGCGUGUGUGGAUGUGUGUGUGUGUGUGUGGGUGUAUGUGUGUGUGUGUGUGGAUGUGUGUGGAUGUGUGUGUUCGUGUGUGUGUGUGUGUGUGUGUGUGUGUGUGUGUGUGUGUGUGUGUGUGUGUGUGUGUGUGUGUGGAUGUGUGUGGAUGUGUGUGUUCGUGUGUGUGUGUGUGUGUGUGUGUGUGUGUGUGUGUGUGUGUGUGUGUGUGUGUGUGUGUGUGUGUGUGUGUGGAUGUGUGUGGAUGUGUGUGUUCGUGUGUGUGUGUGUGUGUGUUCGUGUGUGUUCGUGUGUGUGUGUGUGUGUGUGUGUGUGUGUGUGUGUGUGUGUGUGUGUGUGUGUGUGUGUGUGUGUGUUCGUGUGUGUGUGUGUGUGUGUGUGUGUGUGUGUGUGUUCGUGUGUGUGUGUGUGUGUGUGUGUGUGUGUGUGUGUGUGUGUGUGUGUGUGUGUGUGUGUGUGUGUGUGUGUGUGUGUGUGUGUGUGUGUGGAUGUGUGUGUGUGUGUGUGUGUGUGUGCAAGCAUGUGAGAUGUAUAUUGAUUUUCUUAAGAUGUUAAAACAUGUUUAUUAUGAUGAUCACAACUAUGAUAUGAUGUUAUUAUUAUGAUGAUCACAACUAUGAUAUGAUGUUAUUAUUAUGAUGAUCACAACUAUGAUAUGAUGUUAUUAUUAUGAUGAUCACAACUAUGAUAUGAUGUUAUUAUUAUGAUGAUCACAACUAUGAUAUGAUGUUAUUAUUAUGAUGAUCACAACUAUGAUAUGAUGUUAUUAUUAUGAUGAUCACAACUAUGAUAUGAUGUUAUUAUUAUGAUGAUCACAACUAUGAUAUGAUGUUAUUAUUAUGAUGAUCACAACUAUGAUAUGAUGUUAUUAUUAUUAUCGUUAUUAAGUUCUGGAUGCUAAGCUUUAUUGUGCGUUUCUUUUUUAUAUGUGAUAUGUUGUAUUAGAAGAAAAGCUUGUGGACAGCAGGUUAUAAGGUGUUUCUUAACAGUUCUACCAUCUCUGCUUUUCUGUUGUACUUGUUUUUACAGAGAAAGAAGAAGAAAAAUCAGAGGCGCUAAUUUAUUCUUAGAGCUCUGUUCAAUCAGAUCCGCUUUAGCUGGCAUCCUCAUAGCGGUUGUUUUGUUGGUAUCAGAGGUGGAACGGCUCUAGAGUUGUCAAAUCUACAAGCAGCUCCCGGCAUUAUACCUGAAGUGACAUUGCCAUUGGCUGCACGGAGUCGCAUUAAGAGAAAUAUCAUGCAGCCCUGUUUACAAGUUUGAACACUGGAAUGUGAGAUGUAAUCUACACCUUGAUUUAGCUGACAGAAAUCCUCAUUAUUUCGUUUAAUGAUUUUCAUUUUGAGAGUCAUUAUUUCUAUACUACACCUUCGUUCUGAACUUCAAAUGCGAGUGGGACAGGUGUGGAUUCAUGAGAAGCAUCAAGGGCAGCUGCUCACCGAUUUGACAGCUCCAACGCAGUUACACCUCCAAAACAUCAGCUAUGCGGGUGUUGGCUAUCACCUGUUACUGCUUGAUUUGACUGAAUCUAGGCCUUAGAUAUGGAUUGGACAUAUGUAUGGUAUGGCACAAGCAUCUAUAUUCCUAACAUACACAAAUGAAUUAACAUCAUACCAAAAAGAAUCUAAUGCGUUGUACCAAGUGUUUUUGUUUCAGCGAUGCGUGUGCAGAUGGAGGUGCACAUAUUUCAAUUUAUUGUGGUCUAAUAAUUGUGUUGUAGUUUGGAUGUUGUUGUUUUUUGAAAUCAUGUAUUUUUUUUAAACAGUUUUCAAAGUGCACAUGUUGUGUGUAUAUAUACGGUAUCAUUGUAUAUGAAGGGCCUUGUGACUUGCUAGGCUAGACCUGCUGAAGAUCGCAUCUUUAACCCUCUUUUCUUUAUUGUCCUUGUUGCCCUGGUUUCCAAAGUUGUGUUCUACUGUUUAUCCUAAAUAUAAGCCCAAUUCCAAAUCUACCCCUGGCCCGGACCCCUGUGCACUUUUUGUAGGUCUGAAAUGAUUAGGUAGGGGUAAAUAAUAUAAGGCAAAUGUCAACCUGGCCCAACAGAGGGCAAGAUUCUUACAGACCUACAAGACAUGUUUUGGGGUAGGGUGCCUAAAUGGCAAGUUGGCAUUUAUUGUCAUUAAUCUUGCCUUGGAGGCAGCUCUGCAGAGUGGUCACUAGCUGGCACAGCCACAAAGUCAGAAAAUCUGAAUUUAAACCUAACAUUAACCCUAAUCUUAACCACACUGCUAACCAUAAUGCCUAACCCUAACUUUAAAAUAAGACCAAAAAGCUAGUUUUUGUUUUAAUGAAUUUUUACGAUACGAUUAUUCAUUACAAUAAACAUCAACCUGCACCUGAAUGCUAUGAGGGAACGGGACAAAGUGGGCCACAGGGCUGCCUCUUGGAAUUAUAGUUGUGUAGCCACAGUUGGUUGCAAACAUUACCAUCUGCCACACUGCCAUUCCCAUCAGUCCCAGUGCUAAACACUGUAUCUACGGAACAACCCUCGGGUGUGUGUUUCAUUUCACUGAUUCCUGAUGCCUUCUCCAUGUGUGGUGGCAAGCUUUAUUUAAGUUGUAUUAUUUAUUGUCUCUUAGCAAUUUCUAAUCUCUUGAAGGUUUCAGAAAGAAAAUGAAUGAUGAAGGUUUCAGAAAGAAAAUGAAUGAUGUUGUGUGGAUAUUUUGAAUGUUAACGGCUGAAUAUGUAGGGAUUGUCAAGAGCUGCCGUGUAUCUGGAAGGAAUAGCAGGGCUAUUUCUCUGACAUCCAUCCAGUGCUUUUCCACUCCAGACUCCUGUGACCACUGAGAUGUUUUUACCCACUUCCUUAUCAUCACCUGUCUGCCUGCCGGCAUGUCUUCUUAUUCCUUGUCUUGGUGUUGUAAUUCAGGAAACAUUUGCCAUCCAAUCCCCUCAACAAUGUGCCUCGAUACAUUUUAGAUGUGGGUGUGUUUCAAGAGAUAGGGAGAUACAGAAAUCUGAUGGAUAGAGAUUUUUAAAAUAUAUUUUAUCUAAAUCACAGGUGCAAAAAGUUGAGAAAAUACUGUUUUUCUGAGAGACAAAUCAGCGAUUUGUUUUUGAGGACCUAUGUUACUGUGUUACAGUAUACAGUAGAUUCUGUUCCUGACUGUGUUUAUUAACCCGUUGUGCCCUGAUUCCAUGGUCUCAACUGCAAGCCUUUGUCCAUUUGUCAUACCAAAGCUCUGUCUCUGGCGUCUGCACAAAACUGGUUCAUUUCACAUGCAAAACGGUUUGCUUUUCAGCAGAUAAAUAUUUGUAUUCUGCUCUUAGAUGCGUACAAAAUUGCAAUCCUUAUUUAGCCUGUAUAGCUUGAUUCACAUGUGCAAAUCACAAAGCCAUAGAUAUGGUUAUAUCUAGAUUUUACUAUAUUUCAAAAUUCUUGCAUUUUAUUUUAGAUUCUGUUCUUUACUAAGAGUGAUGUGUGUAUACCUUCAUAUAUAUAUAUAUACACAUUUAUAUUGUUAUUAUGUGUAUUAUUUAUUUUCUCUCACAUUUGGCAAGGUGUCUUUCCUUUGUAAAGUGAGACACUUGAAACUUGACAGUUGUUUGUUGGGAAUAUUGUUCAAUAUGAUACUGACUUUAUAUUGAUUAUCAUAAACCUGUGUUUGUAACAAAGCUGUGUUGAAUAAUCAAACCCCUUGAUCUGUUUGGGAGGAUUAAAGUGAGCAGGUCAUCUGUAUAUGAUAGUACUGAUCACUUGAGCGUUUUUAUAGCCAAACAUGAACUUCCCUACCGUCCUGUUGUGAGGGCUAGCCUAAAGGGCUAACCCAGGCCUCUUUCUAACUUCAUGUUUAGUGGAAUUAGCUUGACUAUUAUUUGCAAAACCAAUCAGUCUCAAUAAAUUUUGAAAUUGCUGCUGAA